AUGGCUUCUAAGGCUCAAGUAUCCAUUGCUCUCAUUCUCUCCCUCAACUUGGUGUUCUUGACCAUGGUUAGCUCCACUUGCCACAAUGGCAUUUGCCCACCACCACCAUCAAAUACAAAUAUGGGUCAUCAUGGCCACCAUUACCCAUCUCCUGAUUACUCUAGGGCAACGUGUUCUCUGAAUCCCCUAAAGUUUGGAACUUGUUCAAACAUUAUUGCUAAUAACUUGGGUAACAUUAUUUUUGGGAGCCCACUCAAUUCCCCUUGCUGCGCACUCAUUUUGGGUCUAGUUGAUCUUGAUGCUGCCGCAUGCCUUUGUGCUGCCCUUAAAGGUAAUGUGCUGGGCAUUGUUAACCUUGAUGUUUCAGCUGCAUUGAACGUGAUUCUCAGCACUUGCGGCAAGAGCGUCCCCUCUGCUUUCCAAUGUUCUUAA